AUGAAAGUGACUCUAGGGUUUUGAAACCCAACCAUGAGCAGGUGUUUUUCGGUUGAUUGGGGCUUUAGAAAUGGUUUAUUUCGGGUGAUUUUUGGCUUGGAGAAAGGAUUCGUGGUGAUUGUCUUUCUACGGGAUUUGGAUUGGCUCUGUUCUAGGCAAGUGAAGAUUUCUUUUCAUUUGGUAUUCAGAGGGUUGGAAUCUCGGAUUAAUCAGUUGAGGAUUUCACAGAUCUAUCGAUUUGGCGAGUUAAAGUGGAUUUGUUUCAAGGAUUCGUCAUAUCUCUUGAUUACGGAUGGUAAUUCGGAAAUCUUUAGGUGGAGUUUUGGAAAACUUAUUUUCAAAAUCUCGAUUGAUGGAUUUUCCUCUGCUAAAAGUGGUUAUGGCGAGACAUUGGUUGGUGCCAGAUUGGACCAGUUGGAAGAAUCUAUGUCUGAUCUCGUUUUGAUUCAGAUGCGAAGGCGGUUAGGAGGCUGUGAUUUGGGGAUCGGUAUGAGGAUAGCUGUGAUCAAGGUUUUGAAUAUUGGAAACUUUAAAUCAAGCAAGAUCGUAGAGAUUGUAUGGUUGGUAGUGGGCUCCAAAAAUGGAACUAUUGAGGAUUCGCGUUUUAUGGUGUAUGAUCUGUGGAGAUUCAAAAAUAAUUCUUUCGUGUUUCUCAAUUUGGUUCAUAUGGCUCAACUAGCGUUGAACAAAGGCAAGGCUGCGAUGGUACGCACAGAAGUGGUGAAGAUUUCGGGUUCUAUUUUGUCUCAAAGGAUCCAACAAUUUUCUCUUACUCUUAUUGGGAGGUUGAUGAAUCCGAGUGUCCAAAGGAUGAAUUCUCUGGUGGCGAAUAUGCCAAAAAUCUGGAAACUUGAAGAUAAGAAUGUUCCAUAUCACUUUGAUGGAUGGAUGGUUGCUUUGGUUAGGUGGGAACCUAUAAUCUCAGCUACGUAUCCGUCGGCCAUAAACUUUUGGGUAAAAGUUUCUGGCCUCCCAAUGCACCUGUGGGAGGAAGCAACACUAAAGGCUAUCGGGAAAAAAAUAGGAAUAAUCCGAGAUCUUGACGUGGAUUCAGGAAGCAUCUACGUCACAGUAAAUGCUUCAUCCUCUUGUGUUUCAAAUUGGUGGUACCCUUUGAUACAGGUGAUGAGGUGGUGGCCUCUCUGGAUUAUGAGAAAUUGGUAA